CUUGUGCCACUGCCCCAGCAAAACUUAAACUUUUUUAAAGUCAAUAUACCAAUGAUAUAUCUUUGGUGUAUAGCAUAGAAAAUUUAUAAGCAUAUGGCCUAUCUCAAGAAUGCAAGGAUGGCUCAUCAUUAGGAAAUCUAUUUGACUGUAGUAAAUAUUUUUCACCAUUAGGGGAAAAACUUUCCUCAUCUCAGAAGAUACUGACAGUGUUUAACAAAAUUCAAAAUCUGUUUAUAAUUUGUAAAAUACUAAAAGUAGGAAUAACUGUAUAUUUCAUACUGGUUUAACAUUUAGAAGCAUUUCUAUUAAAGGACAAGACAACGAAUCCCACUAUUAACUAUUGCUGAUACUAUUAAAUGUUGAUCUGUAAAUGUGGAUCAGUGCAAUUAAAUUAGAGGAAAUAAAGAAACUUAAAUAUUAAAAAUGGGUGGCUUUUCUUUUUUUCCCAGAUACUUAAUUAUAAGCCUGGUUAGGGGGGUUACAAAAUCAACUGAAAUGCAGAAAAAUGCAGUAAGGAUCUGGACAGCAAAAUUAACGUUCAAACAACAGUAGCGGGGCAAGAAAGCCGGAAGUUCAAUGCGAAUACGCGAGCACAAGCACGUGGGUAUAGAGGAGCACGUGGGCAUAGACGUGGGUAUAGACGUGGGCACGCGAUUGCUCAGUGGCCGGAAGUGCCUGCGUGUGGUGCCCAGGCGCAUGCGCUUGGUGUUCCCAGAAGAACGAGCGUCUUCUGACUCAACCGCCUGUAAUUUGCCUUAGAGCCCACGCUUUCUUCAAGCACAGGCACUUUCCAAGCUCGUGCCUUCCUCUGCAGUUCGUGCUUUUGUACCUGAACCUGCAUUCUCCGUGGUUCUCCGCCAUCUCCUGGCCUGUACCAGCUGCGGAGUAGCUGAGACCACUGCAAAGUCUCUGCCAUGUCCUCAGACAGCGUUAUCUACAUUACCACAGAAAAUUUGGAGAUGCCUGUAGAUGUUGUAGAACUGCACCAGAUUAAUGUGGAAACGGUUCCUUUGGAGACUAUGGCCAUGCAAACCAUUGAAGUGUACGAGGAUAUUAGCGGUAAUUGGGUCCACGGUGGCCACAACCACCCACCGCUAAUUGCACUUCAGCCUCUGGUCACUCCCACUGCCGGCCACGGAGACCACGAUCAGGAAAUGAUCAUGGUGCAGACACAAGAGGAGGUGGUGGGUUACUGUGAUGCAGACAACCUGCCAGCCAACAAUGAGCUCGAGGGCGAAGUGGUUGACCCAGUCGGCAGUGAAGAUGUCAGUUUCCAGCAGACCCUAGCAUCUCUUUCUGGCUCUACCAAGUCCUCAGCCUAUGGUCACAGUGGUGGGAAGCACACCAGCCGGAGUGGCAAGUACAGCAGCAAGAAUGCCAGCAGUGAGGCCAAGGUAGGAAAGGGCAGCUCUGAACUGGGCAGUAAGAAGUGGGAACAGAAGCAGGUGCAGAUUCAAACCCUGGAGGGAGAGUUCUCUGUCACUAUGUGGUCCUCAGUUGACAAAGGAAACCAGGGCACAGAGGUUCAAGGACAGACUGAAAACUCACCUCCUGAUUAUUCUGAGUACAUGACAGGGAAGAAACUUCCUCCCGAAGGAAUACCAGGUAUUGACCUCUCUGAUCCCAAGCAGCUGGCAGAAUUUACCAGAAUGAAGCCAAAAAAACCCAAAGAAGAUGGCCCAAGAAACAUCGCUUGCCCUCAUAAAGGCUGCGUGAAGAUGUUCAGGGAUAAUUCUGCUAUGAGAAAACAUCUGCACAUCCACGGUCCCCGAGUCCACGUAUGUGCAGAAUGCGGCAAAGCUUUCGUUGAGAGCUCCAAGUUAAAGCGACAUCAGUUGGUUCACACUGGAGAGAAGCCCUUUCAGUGCACCUUUGAAGGCUGCGGAAAGCGGUUUUCUCUGGAUUUCAACUUGCGCACCCAUGUACGAAUCCACACCGGAGACAGGCCCUACGUGUGCCCUUUCGAUGGCUGUAAUAAGAAGUUCGCUCAAUCAACUAACCUGAAGUCGCAUAUCUUAACGCAUGCCAAGAACAAGACAAGCCAGUGAAAAAAGAUCCUUCCCCAAUUCGGGAAGUAUCUUCCACUGGUAUGGUUGAGAGUAUGUCUGCCCUUUGUUGUUUGAGAAAAAAAAAGGUGUUUUCCAAGAAAAAAGGAAAACGUAUCCUGAAUAUGCAAGGUCAUGUUUUGAUAGAAUAGUAAAAGUUAAAAUAUUUCUGAAAAAGCAAAUUUUAUGUAGCAUAAUAUUGCUAAAAUGCACUCACUGCCUUUUUCUGUAAUGAUAUUUCUGUGAAGGUUUUUCCCUACAGGAGAAUGAUUGAUGAGCCUGACAUCAAAGGACAGUUUGUACAAGCUGAGUUAGAGACUUUUGUCAUUCUUAAAAAUAUGAAGUUCACUU